UAGGGUAGAAGUAGAGGAAGGGUGGAAGGAGAGGCUGGUGUCGAAGGUGGAGAAGGGGACAAACGGAACAGACAGCGAAUUCUAUAACCCGAAGAAGAAGACGGAGAAGGAGUACCUGACAUUCCUGGCGGGAUUCAGACAGCUGGCGCCGAGGGAUGUGAUUCUGAACAACCUUGCCUUGUCGGACGUGGAGCUGCAGGAUUUGAUAGCCGGCGCGGACAAAGUGGUGUCGGAGGAGAGGAAGGACGAGACAGGGCAGGUCUACUAUCUGUACGAGAUAGAUGGGGUUGGAAAGCACAGCCUGAUCACAGUCACUUGCUCCAAGAACAAGCUCUACGCCCAUUUCGUAAACGCCCCUGCGCCCGAGUGGAACCGCGACCACGAUACAUUAACCCACCUUCGCGACUCCUUCAAGACUGUCUCUUCUUCUUGAAAUUUCAAUGUUUGCUUGUCGAAAUGUAUUUAAUUUGGUGAGAACGAGAAUGGGAUACAUAAACUGGAGUUUGUUUUGUGAUCCUUUAAUUAUCAUCAAUUCUAAUAUAGGUAUAAAUAAAUAAGCAUAUAGUAAGCAAAUGCCUUGAACAUAGAGAAACCAACCAAAUGGGUAUUUGUUCUUUUUUUGUAUAUUUGCUUGUCUGCAACUUUCCCGGCAUCCAUACGUAAAAAGUGUCCUCUAUUGUGAUAGUAGCUAGUAUUAUUUACUAGUGUCGAGUACUAUUCAAUGGAGUUUCAAUUGCCCCUACAAAAGAGAAGAGAGACUAUAGACUAGACAAGACAAGCAAAGGACAUUGUUACAAUUCUCACGCCCAAGAGUUUCUCCAUCCAUUCUUUUGUCUUUUCUUCUCUUUUAUCCAUGGAUGGAUCCAUCUAAGCACACUUUUUAUACUAGCACAGCUAUGCUCUACAAAUUAAACCCUAAACUAAAAAUUCGUAGAGACACAAAAUGUAUGAAUAUAAGAUUUAGAAAAGAAAAAAAAACAAAGCUAGUCUGCAGUAGUAAUAAAAAGAAGAAGCAUGGAAGGGAGGUUUCCUUUUGUGGGAAAACAGACAAGCAAGUUGUGGUUUUGAUAAUCUCAAGGCCGAAAGCUGUACUUUUGAUUUAAAUAUGUGAUCCAUCAAUGAAGAACAAAUACUCUCUCAUUCCUUUUUUUUAAUUUAAAGGA